AUGGCGCCAAUAAUCUCCGAGGCCGAUCUUGCAUCUAUCCGGGAAACUCUGUCACUUUUUGUGAGCGGAGUGACGGGUGGGAGCAAGAUAGAUGAGGAUGCCCUUACGGUAACAAACUUCGAAGAGCUGCGGGCUAGGGUCGUGUCGGAGCUGGAGUCGACGAGUCUGCGCGACCACAUGGAUUUCCUCAACUCCAAGAAUCAGCUCAACCUUGCGUGCCAUGUCGCGGCCGACUUUGCCUAUGGCCGGGGGCUCGACUACCAGGUGUUAUACGCCAUGGUGACCAUCUUCUUCUUUCACGUUGAGGACGUGCUGGAGCACAAUACCGAUGUGCUGCAGAACUUUCUGCUCCGGCUGGCAAGGGGCGAGUGCCUGGGCGACCCCGUGCUCAACUGGUUCGCACGGGAGCUUGGGCCGCUUCUCCGGAAGCACUUUGAGCCGCUCGUCGCCAACAUGAUCACCGUGGCCUGCUUCGAUUUCCUCAACGGGUUCGGAAUCGAAACGAUAAUGCGGGACGUGCCGGUGUCACCGCAGGCGCCGCAGUUUCCCGAAUGGCUACGUUUCAAGACGGGGCUGUCGCCCAUGUAUGCGCCGCUGACACUGGCGCGGCACUCGGACGUGUCACUGGUCAAUAAGACGGACGGCAGUCUUGUCAAGUAUGUCCAGGCGAUUCCAGACGUUAUUAUCUUCACCAACGUUGUCAACGAUGUCAUCUCCUUUUACAAGGAGCUGGCCGCGGGCGAAAAGGGCAACUAUAUUGAUCAGCGCGCCGAUAGGGAAGGCGUCAGUGUCGUUACUGCCCUGCGUAUCAAUGCUGAGGAGGGCAUCGCCGCGUAUCGCCGCGUGCUCGUUAUCCUCGCCAACGAGCCCGAGUACCGCGCCAACUUUGAGGCCUACGCCCGCGGUAUCACUCACUUUCACACGUCCUCGCGGCGAUAUCGUCUACGGGACCUAUUUGGGGACCUCGAAUAA